AUGGAAUGCCAGCAUCAAUUAACAGGUCAAGUAUCAGGUGGCCCUGAACUAGUAGUACCUUACGAUACCAAUGAACAACUGCCUCCGAUAAAUAACCGACUUCCCGUGGUGCACCACAUCAACAACAACAUUCUUUUACCCCCUGAACUAUCUCCGCGAUACCCUCACUAUGUUACCAAACAACCCACUACCCACUCCACCCCUACGGAUAACCGUAUCGUGCCCAGGCUGAGAGCUGAUGACAAGUUUAAGCUUGUCUUCGUGGACCGCGAAUGGGUCUGUGAUCCCAGCGACACCAGCGACAUGAUUUACCUCCCUCCUGCGGAUUGGAUUAUCAACCAACAGGGUCGACUCGAAAUGUUUAUACCCCCUGCCGGCUGGGUACCAGACCUCGACGAUGAGCUAUGUGAAGAGGUUCUCAAAGAUGACCUUUGCGACCCUUAUGACCUUGGCGACAUUUAUGACCUUGGUGAUGUUUAUGACCUUGGCGACAUUUAUGACCAUGACCUUGGAGACGUUUAUGACCACUCCUCAACCACUUCCGUUACCACAACCUCCACAACCUCCUCCAUCACCUCCUCCACCACCACCUCCACUACCACCUCCACUACCACUUCCACCCCUUCUGCUCCUCUCCCUGCCCAGUUUGACGUUGUUGUACUCGGCACACACAGUCGCAGCCACCAAGGCCGAUAUGGAAGCUGCAUCGCAAAUGCUGUUAGUUCUGUGUUCGUUUAUGCACUCCACAAACAUAAUACAAUAUUCCCCUUUUAUACCCCCCCAUCUGACCCGGAAACAAAGUCAUUCGCCCCCUCCCGAUUGUAUAUUUGGUUCCAAGCACAAAAGAGCGGCCCACCCAAGGCCCCCUAUAUCCCCCGAAUCAACUUCAAUGUAGGGUGCUCCAUUGAGAGCGCAAUUCAGAGUGUUUUCGACUUUGGUGUCUGUUCUGAAGGGGCUUGGCCAUAUCAGCCUGGCGAUUACGAUGCAAGGACCAGGGAGUUCAUCCAGGGUGCACAGGGGCGGACGGAGCCCUCUGCUGCAGCCCACACAGAGGCCCUCGAGCACCAGAUUCUAGUUCGGGAAUCCAUCUUACUCAAGCGGGGCAAGGGAUUAACACCAGAACAGAAGAAGGUUCAGGAUACUGACAAUCUCAAUCACCUUCGCCAGUGUAUCAACGAGGGGUAUCCCUUUGUGUUUGGGUUUUUUCUCUUUGAGAAAAAUGCCCCUGUGUUACAAAAAAAUGCAAGGUUGGAAUGCCUGGGCCUAAGGAGAGGGUCAUAUGCGGCCAUGCAGUCCUGGCCAUUGGGUACAACAACUCCAAGCAAUGUUUCCUCAUGCAGAAUUCUUGGGGACGUGAGUGGCGCGAAGCUGGCUGUCCCGCUGGCUGCUUUAACGUGCCAUACCGGUACAUUCUCGAAGACCACGUCGCAAGGAAUUUUUGGUCGAUCAGGACCGUCAACAACCAGCCAGAGUAACAUACAGAUGCCUCUGAAUAUGCUAUGGACAAAUAUAUAUAGAUAA